CAAAAAUCACAAACACGACACAGAAAAUCAGACAAAGAGUAACACAACAAGAGUGGCCCAAGCAGAGCCAAUCGAACAGAAGUGUAGAAGAGAAAUGAGGAGGGAACUCCUUGUGUGUGCCAAGGCAGAGUACAAAGGUAUGGACUGUUGGAAGACCCAGCCUGAUGUAGAAGUGAACCAAUAAUGCCUUCAGGAAGCAAUCCAUGAAAACCCUCCAGAGUAUCUAAGGUUGUCGUACCCUGCCACGAUGUUGCCUCGACUGGUCUGCAUUAGUGAUUAUGAACAGCAUGCCCGAUCAGUGCUUCAGAAGUCAGUCUAUGACUAUUACAAGUCCGGGGCAAAUGAUCAGGAGACUUUGGCUGACAAUAUCAGAGCAUUUUCUAGAUGGAAGCUCUAUCCACGGAUGCUUCGUAACGUUGCUGAUAUCGAUCUGUCAACUUCUGUUUUAGGACAGAGAGUCAGCAUGCCAAUAUGUGUUGGGGCUACUGCCAUGCAGUGCAUGGCUCACGUGGAUGGGGAGCUGGCCACUGUCCGAGCCUGUCAGACCUUGGGAACUGGCAUGAUGUUGAGUUCUUGGGCCACUUCUUCAAUAGAAGAAGUGGCAGAGGCUGGCCCGGAGGCACUUCGCUGGAUGCAACUAUACAUCUACAAAGACCGUGAGGUCAGCAGGCAGCUAGUGAAGCGAGCUGAGCAGAUGGGUUACAAAGCCAUAUUUGUGACAGUGGACACCCCUUACCUGGGCAAUCGCUUUGAUGAUGUGCGGAACAGGUUCAAGCUGCCGCCACAACUCAGGAUGAAAAACUUUGAAACCAAUGAUUUGGCGUUUUCUCCUAAGGGGAAUUUUGGAGACAACAGUGGACUUGCUGAAUAUGUGGCACAGGCUAUAGACCCAUCCCUCAGCUGGGAUGAUAUUAAAUGGCUCAGACGAUUGACAUCACUGCCUAUUGUCGUAAAGGGCAUUUUGAGAGGUGAUGAUGCCAGAGAAGCCGUUAAACACGGUGUGGAUGGGAUCUUGGUGUCGAAUCAUGGGGCUCGACAACUGGAUGGGGUGCCAGCUACUAUUGAUGUCCUGCCAGAGAUUGUUGAGGCUGUGGAAGGGAGGGUAGAAGUCUUCCUGGAUGGGGGAGUAAGGAAAGGAACCGAUGUUCUCAAAGCUCUGGCCCUGGGAGCCAAGGCUGUUUUUGUGGGGAGACCCAUCAUCUGGGGCUUGGCUUUCCAGGGGGAGAAAGGUGUUCAAGAUGUCCUUGAGAUACUGAAGGAAGAAUUCCGGCUGGCCAUGGCUCUGAGUGGGUGCCAGAAUGUGAAAGUCAUCGACAAGACAUUGGUGAGGAAAAAUCCUUUGGCUGUUUCCAAGAUCUGACAGUGCACAAUAUUUUCCCAUCUGUAUUAUUUUUUUCCAGUGUGGAUUACUUGACAAAGAGACACUGUGCAGAGGGUGACCACAGACUGUAACUCCCCACUUCGAUACAAAGGGUGUCGUUCUUUUCCAACAAAAUAGCCACCCCUUCUCCUUCAUUGCUUUUGACUUUUCAAUGGGUGUCCUAGGAACCUUCUAGAAAGAAAUAGACUUGCAUCCUGGAAAUAUAUUAACUGUUAAAAAGAAAA